AUGAUUUUGCUACGAUUAUUGAUUUUGCUAUACACUUUUGGACUGGUCCAGGGUCUGGUCGGGGACAACUUACUCCCGUUGAAUCCAUUCUUAGGGAUUCUGGAAGUUGGCGAGAAGACAGCAGAUCAGCCAGGCCCCACGAUCGGGAAAAUGGAAAAAAGAGGAUAUUAUACAUCGCUGUUGGAUGCUUCUGCUAUAAGUGCCACUUUGCGACCUGACUCGUACGCCAUGUACCAGUUUCCAAUCAAUACUUCUUCUGAUACUAUAUCCAACUACCAAGCCAUCGUCUUCAUCAGUGGUAACAUAUGUGAGUUGCCUGAUGGCUGGAACGACACAGACUCAAACGGACUCUCGAUAUACUACACCUUCAACCAAACGCAGUGGCAGAAUUUGGAUUAUAAGAGCAUGUCAUCAUUCGACUUCUACGAAGGUUAUGCUCAGGAACUGGCACAUGCUCAGCUUACCGAUGCCGAUACCAAUGCCUUGACGCUUUACUUGACGGUGGUCUCGGAAUCGUGUGCAGAUUGUUUGUCUGAUAACACCUGGACAUAUGAGGUCGGUAUAUCGCAAAGCAACCUGGUAUUCCAAUGGCAUAAUGAAAGUGUUGCAUCAGUGGUGGAUACCGACUCAACUUCUCUUAUAGUGUGGAUCGACCAGGGCAAUGCCUCGUCCUCGUCCUCGUCCUCCAAUAAUGGUUCCAUGACAGACCUCUACAACUUCUUCAUAUAUGACCCGGAAGAUUUCGUCUUUGUGGCGGGUUUGGCGCGCAGUUGGUGUGCCAUGAAACAGGGUGCCUCCAUAGAGUAUAACAGUUCUUCUGCAGUGGUAUCGUCUGUUUACAGAGGCGGGACUUGGAAGCAGCAGUUCUACUUUGAUUCUCUUACUCCUAAUACAACAUAUACGGGGUAUAUGCUAGAAAAUUUUGGAGAUAGCAACGGUGGACUGGUGUUUGAGCCUUUCCAGUUCAGAACUAUGGAGUCAGACGAAUGCACACUAAUCUACGACCUCGACUUUUGCUCAGAGGUGACAUAUUCCGUUCCAACAUUGCCUGAUAUGAACAACGUCAGUGAACUUGCAGAAUAUUAUGAUUCUAACGCCAAACACUUCUACACCAACUUCUCAUACGCCCUCCAGCAGAUACCGUGUGAUACAGAGAUGGAUGCCAGAUUCUCCGUAGUGAAGACUUGCGACGACUGCGCUGCAUCCUAUAAGAAAUGGCUCUGUUCUAUAACGAUACCUAGAUGUUCCACGAGGAAUAUCACUGGGUACCAGCUGUAUGAGUCUGGCCAUUCGAGGCUGGAUAAGCUUAAUGUGGAAUCAGAGAUCAGGCCGCGGUCCGAUUACUACGAAGUAUUACCUUGCAUUGACAUGUGCAAUGCAAUUGUCAGAGAUUGUCCAGGUGAUUUCAGUUUUCGAUGUCCUCAGGGUAACGAUUCGAUAGCACUGAGUUACUAUUGGGAGACGGGUGGAGAGUACCCCUCGUGCAAUACCGUCGGCGUAUCAUCAUCGUCUAGCUGA